CCGCAACAACAACAACAAGAACACAUCCUUUUCUAUUUUCAUUUCCAUAUAUAGAAACACCAACCUCCUCGUCUCCCCUGAGCCAAACCACACCACACUACUACUACUACUGCUACUCUACUCAUCAUCAUCAUCAUCACAUCGGAUAUAUCAUAUCACCUCUCGUUUAAUAAUCGCCUCGCCUUGGUGGCGCGUGCUAAAUAUCGCGGCGAGAUGGACUCCCUUCCUCCGGCGAAGGUGGCGGAUCUGUCGCUGACGCUGGCGCCGUCGGGAGGCGGCGGUGGGGGUGGGGGUGGGGGUGGCGGUGGGGGGGAAGGGGGCGCGUCGUCGGCGUGCAUCGACGGGAAGGACGUGCGGCUGUUCCCGUGCCUCUUCUGCAACAAGAAGUUCUUGAAGUCGCAGGCGCUGGGCGGGCACCAGAACGCGCACAAGAAGGAGCGGAGCAUCGGGUGGAACCCCUACUUCUACAUGCCGCCCACGCCGCACGCGCCCCUCGCCGGCAAUGCGACCGCGGCCGCGGCCGCGCCGCCCGGUGGGAUGUCCGUGCCGACGCCGUCUGGGAGCUACGGCGGCGUCGGCGCUGUCGCGGCGGCGGGGGCGGUGGCCGGGGCUGGUGGUGGUGGUGGAGGGGGAGGCGGAGGCGGAGGGCUCCUCCCGGUGCAUGCGUACGCCGGGCACGGGUACGCCGCCGUGCCGACGUCGUUCCCCAUCGCGUCGCACAGCUCGAGCGUGGUCGGCUCCGGCGGGCUCCAGUACUACGCCCCUCCCGAGGGCGCGGCGACCGCGGCGACGACGACGACGAUACCGGCGGCUGGAGCGGGCGAGGCGCAGGGCGGCGGCGGCGGCGGCGUGCAGGUGCCCCGGUUCGCCACGAACCAGCACCUACUGGCGGCGGUCAGCAGCGGGCGCGCGAUGCUGGGGGCCCCCGACCAGCCCGGCGCCGGGCGGGACGACAUGAUCGACAUGCUCAACUGGAGGCGAGGCUCCCACGGCCCCACCGCCUCGGCCGCCGCCACCACUCCGUCCCCGACCAGCACCACCACGACGCUCACCACCUUCGCCAGCGCCGACGGCCACAACGGCGAGGAGCAAGAGGAGCUCGACCUCAACCUGAGCCUCUAGCUACCACUACACACGGAGGCGGCCACACCUCGAUCUCCACCUCCACCCCCCCAACCCAAGACGACAAGGUUAAUCACCAUGUUCUUCUCCUACCUAGCUCACCACCAUCUCCUCCUCCAAUCCCUCCUCCUCCUCCUCGUGUGAUUAAUCUCUCUUCUUGCCAUCUCCCUUCUUGCUCCUAAAUUAGCUCUUAGGGACGUUAAUUAAAUUAAUCUCAGUUCUUGCCUCUCCUUUCACCCCCUCUCACCUGUAUGUUAAUGUUAGUACUCCUUGUAAUCGAAUCGAUCAAUCAGUCUCCUUUUUUUUUCAUUUCUUUGCAUCUUUUUCUCUCCUCCUUCCAUUUUGCCAAUCGAUUUCUUGGGCUUCUUUGAUUGUUUGUUUUAGCUUUCAUGUGUUGCCUCUGCUGCUGCUGCUGCUAUAUCUGUGACUGUCUCUGUACUUGGAUCGAUGGCUCCUGCAGCCAACCGCGGUGCAAUGGCCUGCAGGCUGCUACGUACUGUUCAUCUCAUGCUCGAAUCGCCAUUGACAUGGCCGUCUACUCAUCAUACCUACGUAUAGUAGCGUUUUCUUUUCUUUUCAAUUUCUUCCGACCGUGUUCUCUGGCUGCAGCUGCGUCUACGUGCCUGUCAAUCCAUUCAACUACGCUCAUGUAUUCUCCUAGUUGCAAUUGUCUAUCA